UGCCCAGCUCUCCCACUGUGCAGAUGAGAAACCCCCUGCUACUGUAGGCGUCCUAUUGGUGUGUAUCUUUCCGUAGAGGGAACUUCUGAGGGUUUUCACACUGUUGGUCUCGGAGUUCAGGUCUUGCACCACAGUUUUUGUGUAAGAAUAUUGCAGCUCAGUCUCUUGGCCCCACCACACCAAAGUUUGUGUGGUCACCGUUCAGUGGAGGAAACAUGUUUUUUCAGGAUAUUGGUCUGCAGGUUGGUGUCCCUCUGGUGAGAGUUAAAAGUCCCUGAAAGCGAAAAUUUUUUGAGCCUCCCUGUGGGGAAGGAGGUGAGAACACCUGGAUUUCUCAGAUAAAACCAUAAAGACUAGUGUAGCCUAUGUGAUAUGUGCUAUGCACACAGAACAACAGAAAGAAGAAGGUGGCUUCUGUUCCUUCUCCAGUGUUAACUGUUGGGGAUGUACACUUCUAUAACUUGAUUUAAAAAUGUACACUCUAUCUGUUUAUAUGAGCCUAGAGAGAAAUGUGGAGGGCUGCAUACCCAGCGGGAGAUGGUGGGCGUAGGGGAAACUUACUGGCUUUUCCUGUAUCUCUGUAGCUAUCAGUAUUUGUGCAAAUAUGGGCAUGGCCUUUGUCUGUGAGAACGUCCUUAGUGGUUCUCCAACCCGUCCCUCCAAUCCUGGUGUACAGCCCCUGCAUGCCCCAAGUGCCACAGCCUUUAUCUGUUCUCAUUCAUAUCUGUUCAGAGCUGGACCUGAUGCUGCCAGUCACCCUCCUCUCUGUUCCCAACCUGAAAAUGGGUACAUGUGCCAGUGGCAGGACAAGAAAGGACUGGCGUGCCCCUGAUCAGAGUUAUUCUGAUCUGAAGAAUUUGGUGUUUAAAGCAUUAAGAUAAUAGCCUGAGUUGUUCAUGGAGUUUUUCAUCAGUAUGUCUGAAACCAUUAAAUAUAAUGACGAUGAUCAUAAAACUCUGUUUCUGAAAACACUAAAUGAACAACGCCUGGAGGGAGAAUUCUGUGAUAUUGCCAUUGUGGUUGAAGAUGUGAAAUUCAGAGCACACAGGUGUGUUCUUGCCGCCUGCAGCACCUACUUUAAAAAGCUUUUCAAGAAGCUUGAGGUUGAUAGCUCUUCAGUAAUAGAAAUAGAUUUUCUUCGUUCUGAUAUAUUUGAAGAGGUCCUGAACUACAUGUACACAGCAAAGAUUUCUGUGAAAAAAGAAGAUGUUAACUUGAUGAUGUCAUCAGGUCAGAUUCUCGGUAUCCGAUUUUUAGAUAAACUCUGUUCUCAGAAGCGUGAUGUAUCUAGUCCCGACGAAAAUAACGGCCAAUCGAAAAGUAAGUAUUGCCUCAAAAUAAAUCGCCCCAUUGGCGAUGCUGCUGACACUCAGGAUGAUGAUGUGGAAGAAAUUGGAGACCAGGAUGACAGUCCCUCUGAUGACACAGUAGAAGGUACCCCCCCGAGUCAGGAGGACGGCAAGUCGCCCACGACGACGCUCAGGGUUCAGGAAGCAAUCCUGAAAGAGCUGGGGAGCGAGGAAGUUCGGAAAGUAAAUUGUUAUGGCCAGGAAGUAGAAUCCAUGGAGACCCCAGAAUCGAAAGAUUUGGGGUCCCAGACCCCUCAAGCCUUAACAUUCAAUGAUGGAAUGAGCGAAGUGAAGGACGAACAGACGCCAGGCUGGACAACAGCGGCCAGCGACAUGAAGUUCGAGUACUUGCUUUAUGGCCACCAUCGGGAGCAGAUUGCCUGCCAGGCGUGCGGGAAGACAUUCUCCGACGAAGGCAGGUUGAGGAAGCACGAAAAACUCCACACGGCAGACAGGCCGUUUGUUUGUGAAAUGUGUACAAAAGGUUUUACCACACAGGCCCACCUGAAAGAACACCUAAAAAUCCACACAGGGUAUAAGCCGUACAGUUGUGAGGUGUGUGGAAAAUCCUUUAUCCGCGCCCCGGACUUGAAGAAGCACGAGAGAGUGCACAGUAAUGAGAGACCGUUUGCAUGCCACAUGUGCGACAAAGCCUUCAAACACAAGUCCCACCUGAAAGAUCAUGAACGAAGACACAGAGGGGAAAAGCCUUUUGUCUGUGGCUCUUGCACCAAGGCGUUUGCCAAGGCGUCUGACCUGAAAAGGCACGAGAACAAUAUGCACAGUGAGAGGAAGCAGGUUACCCCCAGUGCCAUCCAGAGCGAGACAGAACAGUUGCAGGCAGCAGCCAUGGCCGCAGAAGCCGAGCAGCAGUUGGAAACGAUCGCCUGCAGCUAGAGGUGCUGGGACAGGACCACUUUGCCUGAGCCCCAGAGACUGAGACUGCAUUGUUCGUAACACGUGAACGCCAGUCACUGUAUUUUUGUGGAAACUUAUGGAGCAUUGUACUCACUGGACUUAAGGCAGUGCUUGGUUAGGUAUUUUGAAAACUUUGCAAGGAAGUAGUGUUCCUUGGUUCUGACCAAACAGUCUCACUGUCCUGUCUGGUGUCUAGUAGUGAUGUUGCCAGUAAGCCCUCACCCCCCCCCCUUUUUUAUGAUUUUUAUUUGAGAACUCCUGUGUCCAGUUCAGAAGUGAGAGACUUCUAUUCCAUUUUUUUUAAUUCCUCUCUACACUUGCUGACUGGCAAGUGUACUGCACAGAGUGAUAAUUGAGUAAUCUGAUUUCCUAAUCAUCAUGAUUAUAUGGGACUUAUGGUCAAAACAGCAUUUUUAAUAACUUAAUAAAAGUACUUCAUGUAGAUGCAGAAAAUACUGGUGGGUGGUUGACCAAGAACACUGCGCAAAUGUGAAAACAAGUUCCAGAAUUGCAGAACGGUAUUAGAUUUAUAUUUGGUUUGUUAAUUUUCUAUCACUGUUUUUCACUGUUUUUGUGGACAAAUAAUGGUUGCUUUGCUAAAGUGUUUCUUCAUUUUGAUUGCCCACACCUACCCCAAAAGAUGUAGUCACAAGUCCUGAACAAAGGCUGAGCAAACCCACAGGGAUGCCGGUGAUCUGGGGGCUGAGUUCUUUUUGUUCCUCUUUUUUGGGGCAUUGCCACUCUGCAGCAGAUGGGGUUUGUGGGGUAGACCAGUUGUUAGAGGGACAGCAGAGGGGAAUAGGAUCCUGGCUCUCAGGGACAAGGAUUUCACGUUUGCAACAAUUCCAAGAUUUUCUAGAUCAAAAUAAUUCUUAAUUGAUUUUGAAAUUGGAUUUUUAUUUAGGAUCAAAAUUAGGACAAGAACAGGUAUGCUUCUUCAGAUACAUUUGUGUCACUUAAGAGAAUGUCAUCAAGCUUUUGAGCUCUCUGCAGCACGUGAUUUAUCCAUAGAGGAGAUGUAAUAUCGUUACUUAAAUUAAUAAAUUGAAAAUCUUUUUAAGUGUGUAAAUAGUAUAGAAGUGUUGGUCUUAUGCAUUUCAAGUAAAGUAGACAGCUGCACUUUUUUUUUUUUUUUGCACAUUGGAUUAAAAUAACUUCCAUGAGCAGCAAACAUCAGUCUGUUUUUUAACCAAUAUUAAAGAUUGUAAGAUCAAAUGUUUAUUUUUUUGAAGUAUAUUUCAUCAUUGGUGGUUACAGUUUUAAGUAGAAUUUGAUUGCCAUUUCAUAGCCGUAAACAGAAUUAUAAACACUGUUCCAAUUUUGGUGUAUGAAAACUUUUCUUAACCAUUUCUUUAGGAAUAUGUUGAAAUACCAAAAUAGUUUGAAUUACUUUCUGUAACAAAGUAUUAGUCGAUUAUUUUAGAAUGUACAAUUUUAGAAAAAUGUCGUUUUUAAAAAAUUUUAUUUUUGAUUCCUAGAAUUUUUUUUCAAGUUACAUUAAAAUAAUUUCAUUUCAUAGCUCGUUGCAUUAACACCUGUAAUUACUAUUGUGGGAGAAAUUUUAUUUUUUAAACUGAUGUAUAUGUUAUGCCCAAGAUUGUAGGAUGAAGAUGCUACCUUUUAAAGAGACUUAUUUAUUGGUAAAAUGUUUACUUUAGUUUAAAAUUAAUUUAAUUUCCUUUCUUAAAAGUUGUUUAUUCUGUCCUAAAAGUAGUCCUGUCACUGUGUUUAUAUGCUGUUAGUGGAAGGGGAACUGAUUGGCGUUCCUUGGCUGUUUUAACCAAAGCAAAGGAAAAAUGAUUUCACAUCUUGUUGAUAGCUACUUCAACAAACCAUUUUUUGGGACUUCAGUUUUGUAUAUAAAAGAAAAUAUGCUUCUA